GAAACGACUUUUUUUUAAUAUUUUUUAUUUUUUUUACAGAGUCCUUAAAGAUCAUGAAAAGAAACCGUUCAUCGACGCAGCUGAAAAUUUAAGAUUAAUUCAUAAAAAACAACAUCCUGAUUACAAAUAUCAACCGAGAAGGCGAAAACAGAGCAAAACAAACGGUGACGCAAAUCAUCAUCAAUACGGCGGUGGUGGGAGAAAUAAUAUGAAACAAGAAGAUUCUCCUUGUUCACCAAGAAGUCGAACAAGUUCAACUUCCCCGGUUUCUUGUUCAUCUCAACCUCACAGUCCAAAAAAUCUUGGUUCUUCCCAAACUUUUCGAGCAAAUUGUUUAGAACAAAACAUCGAUUUUAAUCGGUUACCCGAAAUUGUUGAUAACGCCACUUAUAUACCAGAAGAUUGUAUUGAUAGUAACGAUUUAGAUCAGUAUUUGCCAUCCGAAAAUACAACAAUAAACCAUUUUCAAAAUUAUCAUCAUCAGCAUUAUAUUAAAAACAUCGAUGAUGAGGAAAGUAAUAAUAAUUUAAAAUUGAAAAGAAAUUUCGAUAAUGUUCAUCAUCAGAAUGAAUGUUACGAUAACACGACAUCGUUUGCGAGAUACCAUGAAUUGCAGCCAUCGACGCCUUCAUCGUCAGCGUUAAUUGUUAAAACGGAAAGAUAUAGUUCUCCGAAUACGAGUCCUUCGAUGUUUUAUCAAUCAUCAACGACAACAACAACGGCUACAAACGGAAGUAGUGCCUUAUAUUACAAUAACACCAGCAAUCAGUAUUUACCUUCGUACCAGUAUAUUCCUCAAAAAUCGCCGGUUUUUGGUCCGACUGCCAUCUCAAAUUACUCAAUGGAAGGUGGGGGUUCUGUUAUGGAUCAAUGGAAUCAUUAUGGAACAAUGUAAAAAAAAUUAUUUGAAAAGAAAAGGAGUUUUUCAGUUAUUUAGUUUAUUAUAAUUUUUUU